AUGAGCCGCGUGGCGUCACAUUCGUCAUCAGUGCUGUUCGAUGAUCAUUCAUCGAUCUUUGCAUUUGAUGAGCCGGGUGGCGGCAUGAAUCUGGAGCUGGACGAUCACGAUGCACCUAUGGAUGCAUGGAACCUCCAGGAUGAUCGAUCGCUGGAAAGCGACGAGUCGCGCAGCGAGGACUUUGAUAUGUACAGAGACUUUUACAAUAUGGACCAAGUACCAAAACAGCUAGAAGCAGAAGUCGCACCAAGCAGCGUCGGUGGUGUACCUCCCAUGACAGCUCGCCCCAAGUCGCACCCCCUCGUUCAUAUACCCACCCAGCACGAUCCCUCCGCGUACUCGCACGACAUGCAUCACCUGCAUGACUCGUUCUUGGCAGGUGAUGCAUUGAAAGGGCAGAGCUUUAUGUUCGGCCCCAAUGACUCGUUUAUGGAACUCGCGCCCCUCGGGCCCGAAUAUACUGCUGAAGAGCAUGAACGCAUGACCCGCGCCUACAGACGCGGAGAGCGACUUCGAAAGCAGAAGCGACUUUUUGGUGCCUGGCUGCGUGGUGAACGUCGCUGCUUUGGAUGGCUUGGUCGUGGCUCUGUACUUAUUUUCCUCUUUAUUUUCAUGGCAUUGUUAGCUGUGCUGCUCUACUUUGUCAUUCCGCGCGCGCCUGACAUCGAUCUGGUCACGCACGAAGCUCUUACUGCAGCCACGAAGAAAUCAGAUAUAGAGCUGACCCCUAUACCCAAGGGCUUCAAAAUGAACGGAACGUUGCAUUUCCGCGUCGAUUAUACGAACGGCUGGAUCCCCGUUCAUCUGCUCUCUCUCACAACGCAAGUCAAACUAGCAAAGACUAACAAGGUUAUCGGACAUGGGACUGUGCCCUCGCAAUGGAUCCCGGGGCACAAGACGUCUGACCUCAAGGUCCCGAUAUCUUUCUCGCACAAAAGCGUGAAUCAAACGGGCGAUGAUACACAGCUUACUAUACAGGACGCUUGCGCGCAUUUAUACCAGGGUGUACGACGGCCCAGCAUGGACUUUCGCAUACAUGUCAAAAUGGACCUAGGUGGUAUUGUCAGUCCGCACGAAAAAGACCUGACACUGAACAAUGUCGAGUGUCCCUGGGAGUUCCCAAAUUAA